CGAAUUCACUGAACCUUAUCCAAUACAAAAGCCAGGUAUGCAUUCGGUUUAAAGCUCAAGACGCAGUGAAUUGUGAAACUGGAGUAAGAGGGCCAAUCAUAGAUUUAAGUUCAAAUAUAACUGGAUUUUAUUUACAUAUAAGGAAGGUUAAGGAGACAUUCAGAGAUGAGCCAUGUCUAGGGUCCUAUUGCUCUCUGUUCUGACUUUCUGCUUCAGGACUACGCACUCACAGUUCUAUGAAUGUCCUGAUGACUGGGUGUCGUACGAUGUAGGUCAGAGAUGUUACAAGUUUAAGGCGGUACCUACCGCCCGAUAUGAGGUGGCGGUGGCUCACUGUGUGGAGGAAGCCAGCAGUGCCUAUGUUUUAGCCAUCAAUGACGCCCAAGAGCACAACUUCAUCAGCGAUUGGUUGACAAACCAUGACACAGUCAGGCGUGUUUGGUACACCAGUGGAAUUAAAAACCCGUCCAACCCUAGCCAAUACAGAUGGGACGGGGAUAACACGAACCUCAGGUUCGAUCUGAACUUCUGGAAUGAUAAUGGGCAGAAUCUUCCAGGAAAUAUGAUUGGUUACGCCUUCAACGGUAGGUGGCUCUACGUCUCAUCCAACACUAGCUUGUCCUACAUUUGCGAAAUCAGUCAACAAGAUGCAUACACAAUUCUGACACAAAAACGGGAUUUCAGCUUUGGGGUGCAGUCCACAGACAAGAUGGACAUUAAAUACGGCCCCACCUUUACCGUGGUUCCGACUGACGUCACAAUGAUUGCCAAAACGCCCUCCCUGUUCAUCGAGUGUCGGGCGUCGUCCAAUCCUCCCUCCACGUACCAGUGGUACCGCGGACCUAAGACCAAUCAAACACUGAUAAGCCCCCAAACAAACGUCCGGUACACGUUGACCAAUGGUAAGCUGUCAAUCCAAAACCCCGUGGAGGAUGACGAGGGUCAAUACCAGUGUAGGGCCCACAACCAGUACGGAACCAUCGUCAGUAACCCAAUCAACAUCGACUUCGGAUAUCUUGGAGAAUUCUCCAAUGUCGAAAAUGCGCCCACACGAUCACUGGCGUAUGAGGGAGCAGUCAUUGAAUGCUCACAGAUUAAUUAUAAGCCAGCGGCGACGUAUACCUGGCGAAGACGGAGUACGAAAAACGACAAUGUACACAACGGUCAUGGACAUGAAGAGAUACACAUCAUUGAGACGGAAAAGUUACCGUACAUCUUCAUCUCCGGUAACGGCAAACUUUACUUCACUGAGGCCACUUACGCCGACGCCACUGAUUAUUACUGCGAGGUGACGUUAAACGUCCCUAGCAAACAGAAUGUGGUCGGCUCUAGUCAGGCCCCCAGUAGAAUGAGCAAAAAGAUCCCCCUAGAGAUUCUCAAUCAAGCUGCUAAGACAGAAUGGGGCCCGGUCAUCCAUCCUGAUUUUAUCGAAGUCUCCCCCAGCCCCCCUAUGAGAGGUCACAAGGUCAGAAUGGAGUGCUUCGCUUACGGCACGGCUGUAGAAUACGAGCAGACGUGGUCCUAUGGUUGGAGUAAAGUGGGCGGGAGAAUGCCGGACAGGGCGAAGUACCACGACUUUAACCGAGUGGUGGAGAUCGAUGACCUUCAGUAUGAGGACGAGGGGAUGUAUCAAUGUAUCGUCAAGAGGAAGAGCUCUAUCGCCACCAAGGAGGUCCUGCUGGCUGUAGAAUCUAAGCCAUAUUUUCUGAUUCCCUUGGACCACAAACACCUGGACGAAGGGGUGGAGACUUCCUGGCGGUGUCUGGCCUACGGUAAACCUAAUCCCACCUACUCCUGGUAUAUCAACGGCACACUAUUUGAUCCCAACAGCAAUAACGACGUAACAGUUAAUCGGAAUACUAUGACCAUAAGGAACGCUAAUGCCGUCAAACAUAACGGGAUGUACCAGUGUGCCGCCACUAACGUGCACGGAACGUCAUUCAGCGCCGCUCAAGUUCGGGUGCUGGCAUUCGAACCAAGCUUUAAGAAAAAGCAACUCCCAGAAAGUAUUGACGCAGCUCUUAACGGAGAAAUCAUCAUUCCUUGUGAACCGGAAGGGGCACCCAAACCGGAAAUCACGUGGUUAAGAAAUGGCGCAGCAGUUGGCGGAGACUCGCGCGUUAAAAUUAUGCCUAAUAAUUUUCUGAAAAUAACAAACCUUAACUACGGAGACCAAGGCUUCUAUGAAUGUAGAGCAAAGAAUAUUUACGGAAGUGCUUCAAGUUUUUGCAAAUUGAAUAUUAAAGUUGCCACUACAAUAACUUACCCCCCGGCUCCUAAGACGGAGGUUUACCAAAACAAGACGGCUCUGAUCUACUGCACGGCGUCCUACGACGUCUCCCUAGACUUAGUGUAUGUCUGGACCUUCAGCGGGAAGAUCAUAGACCUUCAGAGAAACGCUCACUAUGAAAUGGCAAACUUGCCAUCAGGCAAGGGUUUAUACAUCAAAAUGGCACAGUUUUAUCACGCAGGGAAGUAUGAAUGUAUUGCACGAACGCCGCUCAAUGAAGCUAGAGCGGUAGGCGAACUGGCUGUGUAUGGACCCCCUGGAGUGGUGGGCGGUCUUUACGCGGACCCAGGAACCCCUACUACCACCUCCAUCGACAUCUUUUUCUUCCCUGGCUCAAGUCACGGGUUCCCCAUCGAAUACUUUAUAGUAGAAUAUGAAAUUCAAUCGGAGAAAGAUACUUGGUAUUUCAGCAACGAAACACACACUGUUUUUGCACCUGUAACUGUUAUUAACGGUAACGACCGUGACAUGCGCACCAUUACAGUGCGAGGACUACAUCCGGGAAAUGGAUACAGCUUCCGGAUAAAGGCAGUUAAUGUACAAGGAGUCGGCCCACCCUGUAUACCAUCAAGUCCUGUGAACACAUUAGAAGCUGCCCCUGCUGAGCCCCCUAGCAACCUCAGUAGUCGGACAGAGGGCGUGGAAGUAGGUCAGCUGAUGAUCUCGUGGAAGAAAUUACCUCUGAAGUACCACGGCGCCAAAGGUUUGACGUACAUAGUCUACUUCAGAUUGUUUAAACCAAACUCCGCCACGGAUUCCUUGUGGAAUAAGAGAAUUAUAACAAACUGGGAACAGGAGCAGCUGGUGGUACAAGUGGGGGAGGACUUCUACUGGACGCAGUACGAGACCAAAAUGCAGGCUAAAAAUAGUCUGGGAACCAGUCAAAACACCUCUAUAGCCAUUGUCUACUCCGCAAUGGGCAUGCCCAUAGCGGUGCCCACCGAAAUCAGAGGCGAGGGCUACAACUCCACAGCUCUAUUGGUGACCUGGAACCCGGUGUCAGACACUCGGGAGGAAAUUAAAGGCAAGCUAGGAGGCUACCAGGUAAAUUACUACCUACGAGAGCAAGGUGAUGACGACACAAAGGAUUAUAAGUAUAAGCAGUCUAUAAGAUUCCACGGCCAGAGGGAUUCCGGGGUGAUUAUAGGAUUAGAACCGGACACGUACUAUAUCGUGGAGGCCCAGGUCUUCACUGAUGCCGGACUCGGUCCACUCGGAGAGCCAUAUCCGGCGGAAACCAUGAAUCCAGCUCCGGCCCUCUAUCCACAGGAAGUAGACGUGGUUUCCAAGGACGCUUCUUCCGUCAUUCUCUCAUGGCGAGGGGUUAGCACAUCGCAGGCCGAAGACUCACUGAAGGGUUACAGGAUCUUUAUUUGGAAAGCUAAUGAGCAUUUCCGUACGGCGGACCCUAUCGAUGUCGCCAAGCACCCGACGGAGUAUACCAUCACGGGGAUCGAGAAGGACUAUGUGUACGCCGUCAGGGUCUCCGGCUAUAGCUUCGGGGGGAUCGGGAGAAAAUCACCAACAUUAUACUUCACUCUAGCUGGUUCACGUGUGCCUAUUGAUAGAACUAUUACGCAACAACUUCUGGCAGAUACAUCUCCCAGAAUUCAGAGCGCCAUCUAUACAAUCGCUUUAUCACUCCUUAUAUGGACAAUAGUGCGAUUUAUUCAUUGAUACGCAAUGGAUUCGUAUUAUUAGGAUGGAAUCUCAAAUAAAUUAGGAGUGGUUACUCAAAAGUUGUCAUAAUAACAAUUUAAUUUUACAUGUACUAGUUAAACUAGUUCAAUGAAAUCCAUGAAUUAUAUCUGUCUUAAAGAAAAGAAAUCGUAUUUUAUUGUUGUUUAUAGAUACAUUUAAGGAUCAAUAUUUUUUUAUAUGAAUAUUUGGGUAUAAAUGUUAUAUGAACUAUAUGUUUGUUUAUGAGAAAAUGAAUGUUAGAGAUUUUAUUUUUGAAGCCUUUUUUAACCCAUUGGCGUUAUUUACAAUAUUUUGUUUAUAUCGUCAUUCUAUUCAUGAUUAUUCAGCAUAAUACUAUCAUAUUUUACUUAGUUUUCAUUGUGUGAUAUCUUGUGCUAAUGAAGUGUGAGAGUGAAUGUUGAGCAAUAAGCAUAUACAUGUAGCAUUUCAUUAAUUUUUAUUUAACGAUUGAUUUUCUUACAUGUAUGAAUGUUUUUUAUACCAAGAAGUAAAUGAGAUUUAAUAUUCAAA